UACCCAUCACGGUCAUGUUCAUGAUCAAGAACACAUUGCUGAUAGAGGGUUCGUGGCCCCAAUGGAUUGCUGCAUUCGAAAUCUUUUUGAUGUCAUUCGUGGUCGGUCUUGAGAGAGGAUGGACAUCGCCUGCUCUCGCAAUCCUCCUCAGCUCAACCUCUCCCAUGUCAACGACAGAAUCAGAAGGAUCAUGGAUCGCAUCGCUUCUCAACAUAGGCCGAGGAGCUGGAGCUAUCAUUGGAGCAAUCGAUGUGGAGUUAGUCGGUAGCAAGACAUCUGCCCUCCACAUUGGCAUCGUUCAGACAGUGAGCUUUAUCUCUCUCGGACUAGCUGACUCUGCCGUGUGGAUCCAAGUAUCAAGACUCAUCGGGGGGCUAGCAACAGGCAUGUUCUUCAUCUCCUUUCCAUUAUACAUAGGAGAAAUCUCCAAUCCUAUUAUUCGAGGUGCUCUCGUUGGUGUAAUCGCAAAUGGAAUGUCAAUUGGCUACGUCGUGGGCAAUCUCACUGGUGCUUACAUGUCGAUUCCAAUGUUUGCUGCAUUUGCAUUAGCUGUGACAGUUCUAUUUCUUAUAACAUUCUACUGGCUUCCCAAGUCCCCACACUAUCUGGUACUGACAGACCAAGUGGAAGAGGCUAGUGCUGCGAUUAGAUGGUAUCAGAGAAAUGCUGAUGUUCCGAAUGAAUUGACAUCACUUCAAAUGUUCAUCAAGGACAAGCGAUCGAUGACGUACAAGAAUCUGUGGAAUGAAUUCAUGCGUCCGCACAAUAGAAUUGCUCUGAUUAAAGUGAAUACCUUGUAUGUUCUGAUGCAGCUGAGUGGAUUAUACACUGUUGGCUUUUACAUGGAAAUUAUCUUGACGAAAGGAGAGAUACGAGUAAUUGCGCCGGCAAUGGCUGUCAUCGUUAUAAGCUCGAUUGGAUUAGUCGGAGGCUGGAUUGCACUGUUUACUAUCGACAAAUACGGAAGAAAAUUAGUGUUGAGUGCAGCUGCUGUGGGACUUGGGACAGGGUUAGUUGGUAUAGCUAUCCAUUAUCAGCUAUUGGAGGUAGGUUUUGAUCCUGCAUCUCUUCAGUGGCUGAUCAUCGCUUCGAUCAUACUCUUGGAAAUGAGCAUCAACCUGGGGAUCAUACCUAUUCCCAGCACUAUUCUGAGCGAAAUUUUUUCCCCGAAUAUCAAAAGUUAUUGCUCUUGUAUUUCCAAUAUUACAUCGGGAUUCGUUGCGUUCUUAGUUACACAAACGUAUCAGAUGCUAAUUGAUUGGAUUGAUUAUUACACUUAUUAUCUAUAUGCGUUGAUGAUGUUUCUGUUGGCUCUGUUUAUGAUGACUAUGAUGCCGGAGACGAAAGGGAAAUCGCUGCAAGAGAUUCAGAAUAUGUUGCUAAAGAAGUGAAGGAUUGAAAAAUUUAUUGUUUAUUACAUGUGUUAAUACCCAAGUUGAUGAAUAUAUACUAACUGUAUGAGGUACCUAUCGCUUGUAUAUAUUAUUUAAAUUCAGAACUUCGAAAGGGCUAAGACUUAUUCGAUGACGUCUCUGCAGGAUCAUUAAACAACAGAUAAUCUCUCUGUAGAAAAUCUUGCUCUUAUCAUCAUAUUUCACGGUUAAUUUAUGCCUUAUUAGUCUUUUUCUUUUUUCUAUUCAAGAGAUAUCGCACAGCGCGAUGUCAGUUACGGUUGCCCCAGGUGUUUUGCUAUUCAUUAUUGAGUAAAUAGUGCACGUGUGACACUCAUGAUCGAUUGUUCCUUCUUUUCUGUUGAGACUUGGCAAGAAUAACUCCUAUUAACAUUUUCCGCCUCGGAGUCAUCCAAAAUUUUUCUGCAUAUAUCACCGAUGAAUCUUACUCUUAUUGUUACUCUCAAACCAUAUCGACAAACUGUCAUUGAAAACCACAUCAUCCUACCGCAAUAUGGAAUAAUCAGCAUAAAUCUUAUCCAUGAAAUGAAUCAUCGCAUAAACGAGGAUUUCGGCACAAUUGUGAUGUAACAAGCCAAUGGUGAAGAAAAUUCUACAAGUACAAUACAAUGCUUUUCCUAUUUCCAGA